CUGGCAGUGCUUUGCAGGAAGCGUGUGACAGCUGAGAGGUGACUGCCUGUGUGGGGCAUCCCAACAGGGACUGCAGUUCCAGCUUCAUGCAGAGAAGCCCAUGGCGUAUCCCCAUAGACACCACCCCUUGGCGACCGUAAUUGCAACACUGAGGAGGUGACAUCAUGUCACUUCUUGUCCCUUGGAAACUGAAAGCAGCUCUCCGGCCACUUCCUUUCUCCGCUGCAGUCUCACUGUCACAAGCUGCUCCUGCCUCAUGGCACCAAUGGUGGUGGCCCUCAUCCUGGGUGAGUGACCAUGGGGAUGUGUUGCCAUGGGGGUUGGUGGCCCAGUGUGGGACCAGGACCGUGUCCCUUGCAGGUUGGUGGCUGGUGGCAGUGAGCCGGGCACAGCAAUUGCCCCGACCCUCCCUGUCGCUGCACCCCAGCCAGGGGGUGUCCCUGCAGGACACUGUCACCCUGCACUGCCACCUGCCCCGGCUGGCUGCCUGGGUCUGGCUGUACCAGGAUGGACAGUUGAGAUCCAGCAAGGAAAUGGACCAGGAGCAGGACGUGGCUGAGUUCUCCUUGGCUGGCAUAAACAAGGAAGAUUCGGGGACAUAUCAGUGCCAGUACCAGGGGUUGGAGCCUGCAGGGAGAUCAAAGCAGAGUGACCCCGUGGAGCUGGUGGUGACAGAUCACAGCUAUCCCCCACCUGGCAUUUCCCUGAGCCCCAAAGAACAUGUGGAGAUGGGGAGCAACAUCACCAUCCAGUGCUGGAACACGAAGUAUGGGGCCGCCUUCCUCCUGCACAAGGACGGGCACUCAGCCCCUAUCCAGCACCAGGAACCCGAUUAUUGGGGCACUGCCACCUUCACCCUCUUCGGGGUAAACACAGCUGACUCCGGCACCUAUAGGUGUUCCUACCGCAUCAGGGGCUGCUGCCUUCUGUUCUCACCCCUUGGGGAUAAUGUGACCCUGGAAGUGAUUCCCAGACCUGCACCCCCAGGUGUCAAUGGGGGUCCCAGCAGGAACCUGGUGGCAGCAGUGGCGGGGGCCUGUGCUGCUGCCAUUGUCAUCAUCAUUGUCCUCACUGCCUCUUUGCUCCUUGUUGCCCAGAGAAGACAAAUGCAGAGUGAUUUGAGGCCUGGUGCCACCUCCAGAAGCCCUGAGGCCGUGCAGUUCCAGGUGUCCCCCGGUGACAGCGAGGGUCUGACCUACGCCCAGCUGCAAGCUGUGACCCACAGCACCCACCCCCCCGGCUCUUCUACCACCCCUGAACCCCCCAUUAUCUACACCGAGGUGGGAACGCAGGGACCCCGCUGAUGCCCCCAGAUGUGUACGCAAACACGGGUGUGUUGUGUGCACACAUGGACUUCAAGGGUGCACAGUGCCAGUGUGCUCGGUGUGCUCACCAUCACGUGUGAAUUACAGCCAUGUACCUGUGUGUGUGAACACGUGGAUGUGUAUUAAACGGGUGUGCACCAUCCCAUGUGCACAACAGAUGUACAAAAACACGUGUGGGACACGCUGAACUCUGUGCCUCUGUGUGUGUCUGUGCGAUGCCGUAUGUGUGCACCACCAGCUGUACACACUGCUGCUCAUGUGUGUCCUUAGCGUGUGCUCCCGGGGUCUGCACUACACGUGUGCCUCCACAGCACAUGCAUGUCAUCAACACCUGCCCUGUGCCUGCACCACAUCUGUCCCCACAGCACACGCGUGUCCUUACCGUGUGCUCCCCACAGCGCAUCUCCAUCUCCACAAGCCAAACCAGCCCCCAUCCCACAGUGGUUUUGGGGCAGGAUUUGUGGUGAGGAGGGAAAAUGCCUUUGGGUGACGGCUGGGAACAGGACAGAGGGGGUGUGGGGUUUUCCAGAAAGUGGGGGAGAAGAGGAAGUUUGUGUGUGGGAGGGCUGUGUGUGGGAGCAGCAGUGAGGGGAAGGGCAGGAGAGCUGACUUCCCCCUUUUGGUGGUGGAAGGGGAAACGCUGGAGAGUUUGUGAGCUCAGUGGAGAUUUUUGGGUUCAGAUGGAGGAUUGUGGGUCGGCUGGAUGGAGACCUUUUGGGACCACAGAAAGAUCUGGGAGCUUCAUGAAGGAUCUGCAGUCUUCUCGAUGGAGGUUUGGGGCUGGAUAGAAAUGUUGGGUUGGUUGGAGGCUUUCGGACUGAGUGGAGUGUUUUGGGGUGGAUGGAGGUUUUGGUGUAGAUGGGGUUUUGGGGUUUGAAUGAUGGAUUUUGUGGUUGAAUGGAGUCUUGGGGGCCUGGAUGUAGAGAUUGUGUCUGGCUGUACAGAUCAGAUGUUGAUGUUGAUUUAGGGGCAGGAUGGAGGUUUCAGAGGGGACAGAGAUUUUGGGGGAUGGGUGACAUUUAUGGGGCUGGAUGGUGGAUGUUGGGAGUAAAUGGAGUUUUUUUGAGAUUGAUGAUGAUUUUUGUGGCUGAAGGUCCUGGGGUCCGUUGAGGCUUUGGAGGGCUGUGUGUGGAGGGUGGUGUGGGGUGUGGAUGUUGGGACUGGAUGAAGGAUUAGGGGUGGCUGGAUGGAGAUUGUGGGGCUGGAUGCGGAGUUUGGUGUGAGAUGAAGGUUUUGGGAAUGGGUGGAGGUCAUUGGGAUGAAUGGAAGUUUAGGGGACAGAACAGUGAUUCUGGGGGUCAAUUGGAGCUUUUUAGGGUCUGGUUGGGGAUUUUGGAGGUGAGUGGACAUUUUGGGAGUGGACGGACAGAUGGACAUUAGGAAAGAUAGUUAAGGUGUGUGGGUGGAUAGUAGGGCCAAUAGGUAGCAAGAUAGAGAGAUGAACAGGCAGAAGGUGGCUUGAAUUUUUUGUGUCCAUACUGGAUCAGGAGGUGCAGCCCCAGGAGCAGGAGAUCCAGCAGGCCGAUGGAUGGAUGGAUGGAUGGAUGGAUGGAUGGAUGGAUGGAUGGAUGG